UCAAAAAUAACGCCUGAAGGUGGCUGUGUGGUUAGACAGGGAGACUUUUACUGGGACACAACGGUGAACACCUGCCACGGCUUAAAGCCCGGAGUCUGCGGUACACAGAGUGACGGCUGGCGUGACAAGAGGCCUUUCUCCCCCUCCUUUUUGAGAAGUCCGCUUUUGUGAGCGUUCUCACGAGAGCAGCCAAACACCUUUUGACAUUUGUUGCCUUUAUCUUCCCAGAUAAGGGCAGACAAUCAGACAACCGCCAAGGGAGUACACAAACUGCAUGUUUUUUGCCUUUAUCGCAACACAGCGAGACUUUGAGACGUUUUGAGACGUAUUGGUCACGACAAGAGGAUUCCAAUGAAAAACACCACACAUUUGAGCCAUUUGAGAGUUUUUUCCACAGAGCAGUAGCUGAAACGCCGAGAGUUUAGAGGAAUGCAGCGAUAACAUCUUACCUGCGCCUCAAAGUCACUGUGGACUCUUGUGGUUUUGCCCCCGGCUCUCAGAGAGGAUAGAAAGAAACAAAAAAGGUGUGCAGAUGAUGGAGUUCAAGAAAUCCAUUCAAUGGCUGGAGAGCAGCAAGAAGUCAGGUGUCUGUAGGCAGUCUGUGGGCACUAUGGGAACUAAACUCCUGUUACUGCUGCUGACACUGUGUGUGUGUGAAGUGAAGUGUACCCUGCGCUCAGCCCCCAGAGUGACUCUAGCGUUUAAAGAGCUAAUGGACACUCGGGCAGCAAGGCCAUUCAGCUUCUCCUUCAACACCAGUGAUUACCGGAUCCUCCACAUGGACCAGGACCAGGGUCGGCUUUACCUGGGCAGCCGCGAGUACCUGGUGUCUCUGGACAUGCAGAACGUCAACAAGGAACCUCUUAUUAUCCACUGGCCUGCUCCAGCACAGAGAAAGGGGGAGUGUCAAAUGACUGGGAAAGGAAAACAUGGAGAAUGUGCUAACUUUGUGCGCCUGAUUGAACCCUGGAACAGAACUCAUCUGUUCACAUGUGGCACUGGAGCUUACAAACCCAUCUGUACCUACAUCAACAGAGGCUGGAGAGCUGAGGACUAUCUCUUCAGGCUGGUCCCUGGAUAUCUGGACUCAGGAAAGGGCAAAUGCUCCUACGACCCAAACCAUGAAGAUGUGGCAGCUCUCAUCAAUGGCAAUCUGUAUGCUGGAGUGCAUUUGGACUUCAUGGGCACAGACCCUGCUAUCUUUAGGACCAUGGGCAGCAGACCGGCUGUGAGAACAGAGCAGUAUGACUCCCGGUGGCUUAAUGAACCUGUGUUCAUUCAGAUAAAGCAAAUUCCAGACAGCUCAGAGAAAAAUGAUGAUAAGCUCUACUUCUUCUUCCGGGAGAAGAGUCUGGACUCUGGAGGCACUGCAAGCCCCAGCGUGUUGGCCAGAGUGGGACGAGUGUGUCUGAAUGAUGAAGGAGGCCAAAAGUCUCUGGUGAACAAGUGGACGACAUUUCUGAAAGCCAGGCUGGUUUGCUCCGUGAUGGGUGACGAUGGUGUGGAGACUUACUUCGAUGAGCUGAGAGAUGUCUUUAUUCAGCCCACCCAGGAUGAGCGUAACCCCAUGGUUUAUGCAGUUUUCUCCACUGCUGGGUCAGUGUUUAAGGGAUCAGCCGUGUGUGUGUACUCUAUGGCUGAUAUCCGUAAUGUCUUUAAUGGGCCUUUUGCGCACAAACAUGGACACAACUACCAGUGGACAGCGUACACAGGAAAGAUUCCCUACCCUCGACCUGGAACUUGUCCUGGAGGCACAUUUACACCAGGCUUACGUUCUUCUAAGGAGUUCUCUGAUGAGGCUGUAAACUUUAUCCGUAACCAUCCCCUCAUGCACCACCCCGUGUAUCCUAUACACCGGCGCCCCCUGGUGGUGCGCUCUGGGGUGGACUACCGCUUCACCACCAUCGCUGUGGACCAGGUGGAUGCUGUGGAUGGGAGAUAUGAGGUGUUUUUUCUGGGCACAGACCGUGGUACAGUCCAGAAGAUCAUAGUCCUGCCCAAAAAUCCCACCACAAUGGAAGAGCUGACAUUAGAAGAAGUGGAAGUUUUCAGGACUCCUGCCCCAGUUAAAACGAUGAGGAUAUCUGCUAAAAGGCAACAGCUGUAUGUAUCUUCAGAUGCAGGUCUUACUCAGGUGUCUUUGCAUCGCUGCGGAGUGUAUGGAAAGGCCUGCUCAGACUGCUGCCUGGCCCGAGACCCUUACUGCGCCUGGGAUGGAGAGAGCUGUGCCCCUUUCACACAGGCCACUAAAAGGAGGAGCAGGAGGCAGGAUGUUAAGCAUGGUGACCCUCUACGCCAGUGUAGGGGCUUCAAUGCUAAAGUGGAGAAGAAACUGAAGGAGACAGUGCAGUUUGGCGUGGAAGGGAGCAGUACGUUUUUAGAGUGUGUACCACGGUCACCUCAAGCUACUGUUAAGUGGCUCUAUCAGAAAGAAGGAAGAAGGAAACUGCUGAAUCGGGACAGGGAGGUAUUGAAGACCCCUCAGGGCAUCCUGCUGAAAUCUCUCACCCACUCAGAUGCCGGCCUCUACCACUGCCUGGCCACCGAGAACAACUUUAAGCACACCCUGGCACGAGUCUCCCUGCGCAUCCUGGACCGGGAAAUUGCUGUGGCCCUCACAGUCCCGGAUGAGGACGAGGAGGAGGAGAUGACAAAGAGACAUCAGAAACCUCAUCAGCAGGAGCCUCCAGCUACUCCUCCAGCCAACCCAGCACUACUGAUGGAGGCGGAGAUGCGCAUGAUACACCAGUACUGCCAGUCUUACUGGGCACAGCUCACCACUGCAGGGAAGGCUGAAGAACAGCAGACCAAACGCACUAGUCGCAGACACACAGAGGGCCUGAAGCCCAGCGGAGGCUGAGGAGCUCAGGAACUGCCUAGUCCUAUAUUCCUCCAUUUAUUCAGUGCAGGGAUGCCUGGUUCCAGUCCUGUAUGGUCAGAGUCCAGCACAGUUUAGUGAUUUCUUUGCAAAAAACACCCAGUAACUACAUGAUGAGUUGAACACUUGCAUCACUAGAAGACAUUGUCUGUACUAAUGUACAGAGACUGAUGUCUCAUACAGUGCUCUCCACAAAUAUUGGCACAUCUGGUGAAUGUAGUAGCUGUAUAAAACAUUCUUCCUUGCUUAUCCUUUUUAAUCCUUUUUGUAAAAUAUAAACAAAAAUCCAACCUUUAUUUGAAGGGAAAAAUGAUUAUUUUAUCAUGAAAUAUUUUUUGUCAAAUUUAUUUGUGCCACAAUUGAAGGGACCUCUACAAAUUCUAAAGACUGAAAUCCAGCUGAAGUGUAUUUUUAUUCAGUUUUAAAAUGAUAAAUCAUCACCCAUGAUUUCCUGUUUCACUGGGGUAUAAAUAUAUCAAAUUCCCUUGGUCAUCCAUCACUAUGGGAAAGACCAUAGAAAACAGCAGUGAUGUGUAACAAAACAGUGUUGAGCCACACAAAUCAGCAAAUGGCUACAAAAAAGCAACUGGAGGUGUUAAGAAUCUGCCAGGAAGAGGUUGUAUGUCUGUAUUGACGUCAUGCAUAGUGGAAAGGAUGGUUUGAGUAGCUAAAGGAUCACAGCUGGAGACUUGCAGACAUUAGUUAAGUCUUGAGGUCAGAAUUUUUCCCAAAAUACAAUCAAUCGCUGCCUCCAUAACCAACAGUUAUUCUGGGGUGUUUCCAGAGGAAAACCUUAAUACUUAAAUAUCACCCGAUAUAUUUAUAAAUGGCUGUGGUAUUAGAUAUGAUUACUAAGGCAGGGAAAUCACCCAACUGUGCUAGACUAAGGCCCUCCAGGUCCAGAUCUGGACAUCCCUGAUUUAGUCUUUCAAUCUGUCCUUGUCAUGUUUAUUCACCUGGCUGAGGUCGAAGAGUUAACACACUACUGCUCAUAGAGAUCAUUCCAUGUGUUUACUCGACUCUUUUUCUGUAGUUUGUUCAUUCAUUAACCCUUUAAAACCUAAAGCUUUAACAUGUCACUGCCAGACUAAUAACUUUACAACAUGAUAUAUCACCAUGCUUCAAAUUCCAUGUUGAACUAGAGAAGCUAGAUGUAUUGUUCUUUUAUAGGUUGCAUAUUUGUAUUCAGUAACAGUGUAAAUGAAAAAUUAUUUUUAAAAACAUAGAUCACUUAAUAGUGUAAUAUAUCAUCACUUUUCAGUCAAAAAUGUAAAGAUAUUCCCAGGUGGCCACUUUGAGGCUUAGGUUGUAAAGGGUUCAUUUAUUUUGUCCUUUACUUGAUCAUUCGUGUUUUUGUUGUUUGUUAUUGUAUUUUUCCCCCUUAUGUUCUUCCUACCUAAUUUUAUUCAUACAGUCAUAUGCAGAAGUUUUGGCACCCAUGAUCAAUUUACGUUAGUGAAAGGAAGUUGACACAUCCUCUACAGAGAACACUUCUGCAUGUUUUUAUGCAUACUUACUGUUAUAGAGCAUAGAGAGCUUCAUGGAAUGGGUUUCCAUGGCCGAACAGCUGCGUCCAAGCCUUACAUCACCAAGCGCAAUGCAGAGCGCCGAAUGCAGUGGUGUGAAGCUCACCGCCAGUGGACUCUAGAGCAGUAGAGAUGUGUUCUGUGGAUUGAUGAAUCACACCGUCUGGCAACCUGAUGGAUGAGUCUUGGUUUAGUGGUUGCCAGGAGAACAGUACUUGUCUGACUGCAUUGUGCCAAGUGUAAAGUUUGGUGGAGGGGGGAUUAUGGUGUGGGGUUGUUUUUCAGCAGUUGCUCUCGGCCCCUUAG